AUGCAGAGAUGUCCUGAGCUCAGGAACCUACGCAAAGCACCGCGCUUUAUCUCAAUCUUGUUGCGGCAUCAGACACCUGGUUCUCCUGCGGUGGCAAUUAAUCCAUUCAGUGCCGUUGAUGUUCUCGACCCAACACAUCCAGGGCUCAAGAGCCUCAAAUACCUCCCCCAUACUAGAGACAACGCAAUUGGUGUGAAGAUCUUCCCAAUAUCGCUCCUCAACAAGCCGCAGUUGGCGAACGGGCACCCCUUCGGUCGCAAAUUUCUUACUUGGAUAGAACGUGUACAGAAAGCGAAGGAGGCUGGAGUCAAGGUUGUCUAUGUCGGCGGCAAACCCGCUUUGGCGUGGAAGUCGGGAGAGCUCGUGGGCGAGGACGAGCAGGUGUAUCCGGAGCACGAUCACAACACGUUGGACAUACCUGAUUGCAAGGCUACGCCGAAAGGACGUUUACUGGAUAUUGCACGGAAGAGGGCUAUGCGACGCGUUCCGAUGUCAUAUUUGACCGCAACGAGCAAGGCUCGCAUGGGUGCAAAACGGUACACACGUUGCCAGAUCACUCGACGUAUGAAGGUCGCGUCGAACCUCAUUGUGACGCGAGGCGCUUACUUUGGAGAACCUGCAUUGAAAAAUGAGGGCCCGGCGAAGGAGGAUGUGAAGACCUUGGGUGUUGGGAUUAAACCGAAGCGCGUCGUCAUGCGAUUUGACCAGGAAGAGGCGAAGUCGAUGGGCAGGAAAUGGAUUAUGCAGGGAUGGUCCUAUGUUUGGUUCCCGACAAUGGAAGUCUACCGAAUGCCAUAUUCAGAACUCAUCCCCCGCCUACGACAAAAGCUAACUUUCCUCAAUAAACGGGCUAACGAACUCGAGAAAUCAUGGUUCAUCAAUGCUCUCAGGAAUGAUGGACGUCCUAGUAGAUCCCUGAGCCGUAUCAAUGGGAAAUACACUGUUCCACCACCGCAAACGAGUUCGGGACAAGGCCCACAGCAGCCUCAAGGCUCCAAUGUCGAAGGACAACCUCCUCAGCCGCCUGAACUGUUGAAGGAGCCCGUCAAGCCGAAACUUCCAGUCUCAAAGCCCCAACCCAUCCAGCCCGCUACCGCACCGAAGAAAGUUGUCACAACCUUCGAUAACAACAAGUGGAAGAAAGAGCUGAUGGAUGGACUGGCCUUACUCCAAACAUCACUGGCUGCUGCUGAACAUCAAGCUCAUCGAGGUCGAAAACCUGUCGGCACGAGACAAACAUAG